AUCUGAUACUUUGGCAUGUUGUACUUUCUUGGGGCAGCAGCAGAUGGCCUGGGCAAUGUGCCAUUUGUAGUGGAAGCAAAGCAAGCCAGCUGCCUUGAUCAUCCAUACAUAAAUCCCUACAAGGGCUUUGUUCCUGCUUCCUGUCCAUUCCAUAGUAGCCUGGAGGGAAGCCAUUACUUGCAAAGCUGGGGCAUGGCCGCCGCCUCGUCGGGCCGUUCGGAGGUCGACACCUCUCGCGCCUUCCGGUCUGUCAAGGAGGCGGUCGCCGUGUUUGGUGAGCGCAUCAUUGCUAGGGAAACCCAGGUCAGGCUGGGUGCUCAUGCCGGCCAGAGUGUUGUUAGGGAGAGGGGCUCUUGGCCAAAUGCAUCCGCUGUUGCCGCCUUGACCUUAAAGCUUGAGGGGAGUGGUGGUGUUAAGCCUUCUGGCCUUGUCAUCAGGGAAAGCCCCUCCAAGCCAAAUGCCAUUGCCGAUGCCAUUGCCAAGCAUGAGGCGAGCAGUAGCAAACCUGCUACAAAUCCAAUCAUGGUGUCAGCUUCCCAGCCAAUGUGCCUGGUUCCAUCUUCCUCACCGUUCUGCGGGUCAUCGUCGUCGGUAACGAACGAUGACGGCAGGCAGGAUUGCAAGGAGGCUGAUCUCAUUGUCAUGAGCUCCAUCAAGAAGAUUGAGGAAGAGGCAGCGAAGACAAGGCAGGAGGCAGUGCAGGUCAAGAGGAGGCUGGUUGAUCUGGAGCUGGCCAUGGCAAACCUCCACGCGAAGCUCCACCGUGUCUUAUCGAAGCUGGCGCACAUGGAGGCCGACAAGGCGGCAGCUGCGAGGGCGAGUAUCGAACAAAGGAGCAACAACACGGCGGCACUGACGAUCUGGAUGGAGCCAAAGCCCGAGCAGCAACCGCGAAGGCAUCAGUUGGGGCACCUGCUGAGCCUUGAUGACGAUGCCGGUGAGGCAGAGGUGAUCCAUGUCCAGGGUAAGGAGGCGAGGAAGAAGAGCAAGGUGCAGAAGCAGAAGCCAAUUGUGCCCCUUGUUGUCCCCCUCAUCCAUGACAUGCUCUUCUCCAAGAAGAAGAAGAAGAAGAGCAUGCAAGACAACGAAAGCUUGUACAUGAAGGAGCUCUACAGCUUGCUAAGCCUGACUUGAUCAGUAGCCUCCAUGCUGAUCAAACAUGUGCCCACUUUAUGCAAGAGGGGGGCAUAUGUCUUCCUUUUCGAAGAAGAAAAAAACUAACAAAUUUCUCUGUCUUUUCCAGGGUUCUACAUAUAUUUAAUUAUGUUGAUUGUGUGACUUGCAGUUUGUAAAUUAAUUGUGUAUGUGUCUUAUGAUCAAGAAUUGAACAUUAAUGUACAAAAAGAAAUACUCCCUCCGUCCUA